UGUCUGCUACCCCUCCCCCUACAGCCCAUGACAGCCUGUCCUGAUAUAGAUGGGACCUGGGACUGGUUUAAAAUGACAGGCUCAAGUUCUUUGAGGAAGAGAAGACAAAUUCAAAGGAGCAGCCAGACAAGCUCCCUUUCUCUGCAGGAAUCAUUACUCUCCCUCUUCACCAUGGCCCACCUGGGAGCCCAUUUUGCCUUUAGAUCCCGUUGGCAGAAGACGGACGACGAGCUCUGUCGUCAUAGUAUGUCCUUUAUCCUUCACAAAGCCAUUCGUAAUGACUUCUUUCAGAGCUACCUCUACCUGCUGGAAAAAAUUCCCCUGGUAAAAUUGUAUGCUUUAACAAGCCAAGUCAUUGAUGGGGAGAUGCAGUUCUAUGCCAGAGCCAAACUUUUCUACCAAGAAGUACCAGCCACAGAAGAAGGCAUGAUGGGAAAUUUUAUUGAACUAUCCAACCCAGAUAUCCAGGCCUCUCGUGAAUUUCUUAGGAAAUUUGUUGGGGGGCCAGGGAGAGCGGGAACUGGCUGCGCCUUGGACUGCGGUUCUGGAAUAGGAAGGGUCAGCAAGCACGUCUUGUUGCCUGUUUUCAGCAGUGUUGAACUUGUGGACAUGAUGGAAUCCUUCCUCCUUGAAGCCCAGAGCUACUUGCAGGUUAAUGAGGACAAAGUUGAAAGUUACCACUGCUACAGCCUGCAGGAGUUCACACCCCACUUAGGGAGAUAUGACGUCAUCUGGAUUCAGUGGGUCUCAGGGCACCUGACUGAUAAGGACCUUCUUGCAUUUCUUUCCCGGUGUCGAGAUGGCCUGAAAGAAAAUGGUGUUAUCAUACUGAAGGACAAUGUGGCACGGGAGGGCUGUAUCUUCGACCUGUCUGACAGCAGUGUGACUCGGGACAUGGACAUCCUUCGAAGCCUUAUUAGGAAGAGUGGACUGGUGGUUCUGGGCCAGGAGAAACAAGAGGGUUUCCCAGAGCAGUGUGUUCCGGUCUGGAUGUUUGCACUGCACAGUGACAGACACUCUUGAUCAGCAGUGGGAAUGAGCCACCAGACUAGAUGAU